AUGUCUGGGCCAAGUGAUGACAUGGAAAUGGAGAAAAUGGCCGAAGAUGAGCUAUCCAAGUUGCAACGUCAGUUUCGUGUAAUGGAAGUGGACAGAGCUACUGUUAUGAGCAGUGUCAGACCUACACUUCGAGUGCAGCGGAACCUCAUUGGGACGCUCUCGUCACAACUAGACAAUAUCAUGACGCAACUCCGACUCACCAAGAGCGCGGCGAACAUGGUACACAACGCAAGAACACGAGAAAAAUUAAUAGUGCUCCUCAAAGAUCACGAAAGGUAUUCCUCCGAAGUGAGAGAACAUCGGUCGAAUAUAACCGAACUCGACUUUCUUUUAAAACAAGUGCAAAAAGAGAUCAAACAAUUGCGAUCCAAAGGGACAGGAAUGGAGGGCACCACCGACGCGUUAAACAAUCAGACAAUAAUCAGUCAGUUGGAAAACAGGCUGAAUACGGCGAUGACCAAAUUCAACUCUGUCAAUAGUGAAAACUAUAACAUGCGUCUCCAAAUAGACCGGCUUCUCCGCGACCGUCAAUUUUUCAACAACGUUUGGAAAGGGCAGGUGAGGCGAUUGAUGGAGGGUAAAUCACAGAUUCUGGAUUUAGUAGAGCAAGCAAUCAGUACGUACGAUCAACGCGAGGAAUGGUGUUCCAAACUCGACGCCUUGAAAGAAAAGGCCGCCGUAGACUAUAGGAAACAUUGUCUGGAGGUGAGAGAGCUACAACGUCAGCUAGACCACAGCUUGAAGUUGGAAGAAUUCCUACGCACCAAAGGAACAGUGAGGCUAACCGCAGCGGACGCUAAGGCGGAAGCGAAAAAGUUAGAGCAACAAGAGAUGGAAAUGCGGACUUACAAUAACUACGUCAAUAUUCUCGAUACCCUAAAGGAGUAUAUGGGUGAGGAAGACGUCGAAAAACUCAUGCAAGAGUUUACGCGACGCGAAGAGGAGAAUUACGCGCUAUUCAACUAUAUAAACGAAGUUAACAGUGAAUUGAAAAACUUGAGCGAUAACGUCAAGAAGCUGAAGGCAAGCAUAGCGGACGAGCAUGCCAAGCAUCAGGCAAAGUUAUGCAAGCAGCAGGAUAGCAUAGAAGCGCUUCGCACGACGUUGGAAGAAAAGAAGUUGUGCAAAGAGCAAUUAGAAGCAACUUGCGCUAAGACGAAAAUUGUACUGGACGGGCUGUUAGGCCAAAUUCAAAAGAUCGCAUUGUCAUCCCAGUGCGAUUCUCUGCCUGUGCUCAAACUUUUGGGCCAAUCGAUGGAGGUGAACGCGACGAACGCGCGUCUGUAUAUCAAGAGUCUUGAAAAAAAAAUUGUGGAAACGGUAGAAGUGAUAAGGAUGGAAGAUAAAUUAAGCGAGGCGAAAGAGCGUACCCCGCCCACUUCUCGCCGCCGCCGUCGACCCCCUCAUUCGCCAUCACCGAGAAACCAGUGA